AUGGGAAUCACCAGCAAGAAUGGUACUAAGAAACUGGGAAGAGCGAAGACAUUUACUGGAUGUUGGACGUGCAGAGGAAGAAAAGUUAAGUGUGAUCUUCGGCAUCCUCAUUGCCAAAGAUGUGAGAAGUCUAAUUUACCCUGUGGUGGCUAUGAUAUUAAACUUCGGUGGUCUAAGCCUAUGCAAUUCGACCCGUAUGGCGUCCCAAUCCCACAAAACUCUCCAGCGACCACGACAAAUCUAACAGGUAGUGUCGAUGAGCCACAAUAUCAACGACGAAAUAUCGAUUUUGUACGGUAUGAUGAGGAAUACAUGUACCAUGAAGAUAUGGAUGAUGAGUUAACAAUGCUGCAUACACCGCCCAUUGAGAAAAUAAGUGAUGGCAAGACAUGGAUUUUAAAGAAAUUUGGAGUCUUUAAAGGAACAGAUAAAGUCGACAAACAGUAUGUUCCAAGAAAAAAGCGCAAUAGGAAAAGGGUCACCAAGAAUAUGGAGAGCUCAGGUUCAAUUUCAUUGUCCUCGUCACCAUCUUUAUCUGCUUUAUCCUUCUCGACCAGACAUACAGAGGAGAAGUUGAAGAAUAGAGGACACAUCAGGACGGGUAUACCUUCUACUAGUGAUGCGGUACCAGCAACACCAAAUCUCUUAGAUUAUGAUUGGAACAACAUGAAUAUAACGGGUUACGAGUGGAUCUCUAGCGAGCUUAGAGAUGAUGCAUUAUUAUCUGCAGUGACUCUUCAGGGACAUCACUUAGGACACUUACAACCACACGAAAUGUCGUUAGAGGAAAAUUCUAAAAUCCCAAGCGGGGAACAGCAGAUGAACGUCAAAGAGCAUGAUCAUGUCAUUGAAGAUGACAACAAAGAUUCAGUCACUCCACCCCAUAAAGAAGCUAUCGCCAACGACAAACUCUAUCAGCAAAACUUGAAGCUGCUAUUCCAGAAAAACUCCUCGAAUAGCCAGGAACCGGAUCCUCAAUUAUUGAUCGAUGAUAUAUUUGUCAACAUUGAACCAAGGUCUCUUCCUGCAUCGGAUUUAAAUAAAAUAGCUUUAGCUCCUCCCAAUGAUGAAUCACGCAUGCCAAAAUCAAUGUUGGAAAUUACAUCUCUUUCCGGUGAUCUACCAUCUGAGUUGAUAGAUAUUGUACCCAAAACGGACCUUACUGUGCAUGGUUUAGCAAGGUUUCUUUUGAAUCAUUAUUUUAAUGAUGUGGCAGAUAAAAUGACAGUAGUCGUGCUCGAAAAGAACCCAUGGAAAACUUUAUACUUUCCCAGGGCCUUGAUGGCAUUGGGUGACUUAGCGGGGUUGGGUCAAUCUUCUAAUUCGAGAAAUGCUUUAUUGAAUGCCCUUCUAGCAGUUUCUUGUUUCCACUUGCAAAGUAAGUACCCAAGAAAUUAUACACUGCAAAAGUUUUUCUUAAGCCUAGGUAUCGAAUUGAGAAAUCAGGCUUCAAACUUCCUAAGACUAUGCUUGAAUACAAAAUCAAACAUACCUGAGAAAUAUAAAGAUGUGUUAACUGCAAUUUUAUCAAUGAAUUCUAUCGAUGUAGUAUGGGGAACAAUGGCAGAUUGCCAACAUCAUUUGGCCAUUUGCGAAGAAUUCGUUGAAUCAAGAAUGAAACUUAGACCUAACAUUUCUGAAAAGGCAAAAACGUUACAUCGUAUUUUCUCAUUUCUGAAAUUAAUACAGGAUAGCACUGCGCUCGAUAAAGUUAGAGCUAAAGAAAUUGUUAUUUUACCAAGCGAAGAGGACGAUCAAUACAAACCGUUGGACAUGUCCAACGCUGCCGCUGCUGCUGACGUAACGAGGGUUGACGUUAUGCAGGAAGGUUUAUUCAGAGAGACUCUCAAUGAAAACGAUGGUAAAAUACAUAUCGAAUUCGUUAAAGAGCCUACGACGAACGUAUCUGCUGACUCAACUCCAUCCACUACCACCCCCCCCAUCUUCACAAACAUAGCGACAGAAAGUUAUUAUAACAAAUCUGAUAUUUCUAAGCUGGUUUCGAAGACUGAUGAAAACAUAAUUGGAACAGAUUCGCUUUACGGAUUGCCAAACUCCUUAAUAUUACUAUUUUCCGAUUGUGUGCGGAUAGUAAGACAUAAUGAAUAUUAUAAUUUAACGUACUUACCUGUUCCAAGAAAAUUCAAUGAACUUUCACUAAAUUUCGAGAAAAGGUUAUUAAAAUGGAAAUCAGAAUGGAAUUUUUAUGAAGAGAAUUCAGAAGAAAAAAGCUUCAUAAACCCAACAGCAGAAGCGCUAUAUCAUCACACAAUGAGCUUUUAUUUUAGUUUAAUUAUUUAUUAUUUUACAAUGGCAAGAAAAUUAAACUGUCAAUUCCUACAGAACUACGUGACCAAAGUAUUGGAUCACUUAAAUGCCAUGGAGGAACUACUGAAUCAAAAGAAAGUAAAAAUUGUCCCUUUAAUUUGGCAGGGUUUUAUGGCAGGUUGUGCUUGUACAGAUGAAAAUACACAACAAGAGUUCAGGAGAUGGGCGGCAAAAUUGGCUGAAAGUGGGAUGGGUUCCUAUUGGGGAGCUAGGCAAGUGAUGUUGGAAGUUUGGAGACGACGGAAGGAAGAUGAACCAGGCGAUAAUUGGUAUUCUAUCUACAAAGAUUGGGAAAUGAACUUAAUGUUAUCAUAG